AUGUUUAUCGCAAGAUCAGAAUAUGACCGUGGCAUUAACACCUUCUCGCCCGAAGGCCGUCUCUUUCAAGUUGAAUAUUCUCUCGAAGCCAUCAAAUUGGGUUCCACUGCUAUCGGGGUGGCCACGGGUUAUGGCGUGAUCAUCGGUGUUGAAAAGAGGGUGACUUCUCCCUUAUUAGAAGCAUCAUCGGUAGAGAAAAUUGUCGAAAUCGACCGACAUCUCGGGUGCGCCAUGUCAGGUCUCCAAGCCGACGCUAGGUCGAUGAUCGAACAUGCCCGCGUGGAGGCGCAGAACCACACAUUUCACUAUGGGGAGCCGUUGCGGGUUGAGAGCGCCACUCAGGCGAUAUGCGAUCUUGCCCUUCGGUUUGGAGAAGGUGCUGACGGGGAAGAGAGUAUAAUGAGCAGACCAUUCGGAGUGGCUUUGCUCAUCGCGGGCUAUGAUCAGGAUGGUCCACAGCUGUAUCACGCAGAGCCCUCCGGGACCUUCUACCGCUAUGAUGCUAAAGCAAUAGGAUCUGGAAGUGAAGGUGCGCAAGCUGAACUGCAGAAUGAAUACCACAGCUCCUUGACGUUAGCAGAAGCGGAAAAUCUUGUUCUAAAAACGCUGAAGCAGGUCAUGGAGGAAAAACUCGACAGCAAAAAUGUGCAGCUCGCCAGUGUCACGAAGGAAAAGGGCUUCCGCAUAUACACAGAUGCCGAGAUGACCGAAGUCGUUGCGAGGCUGAAUUAG